UCUAUUACGUAUUAUAUUACACAAUAUUGAAAUGGAAUCCCAAUUAAACGAAGCAUGUUCUAAAUCUGAAACCACUUCUGUUACUACCACUGUUGAGGACAAUACAGAUGCUGUGCAACCCAAAGAUUGUCCUGAAGAUACUGAUGAUGCAACAGUGUGUCCUACUACACAAAACAAAGAGGUGGAUGUAAUGAAUGAUUCUCAAACUCCUACAAAAAGUGGUGAACCUACAAUAUCUGAUGAUAAUAAACCUACAAUGACUGAUGAUAAUAAACAAGCUGAUGAAAACGGGAAUGAAAAUGUGGUGGACAAACAAGAAAAAGAAGCAACUGACGAAAACGCUAAUAAGUUCGUCUACGAUGAAAAGUCAAAUAAAAGUGGAUUGGAAAAUGACUCAAUUCUAUUACCUCUCGUGUUUGAUGAUGUACGAUCCGUUUCUCAAUUAUCGGAGAACGGCAACACCAAUGCUGACAACAACAAUUUAAACAACAAUGUUAUGACAGUUGUGGCUGAGUUAAAGUUGUCAGAUAAUGACAUACCAUGCAUGCUGUGUGAAUAUGUGGAACAUGAAGUUGAUUCAAAAAGCCACAAAGACGAAUACUUGUGUCAUCUUAUUGUGGAACAUUGUCUUGUUAUUGCCGAUGUCAAACUGAUUGCUGAUCUUCGAAAAUAUGCAAUUUACUGGAAGAAGAAAUUUAAAGAAGCAAACCUUGAAGCAUUUUGCUCUAAAAUCCGCACAAACACUGGAGCAAAGGAUGUAGCAAAAAGUGAAGAAUAUUUUCUUCUCUGUGAUGCUCUUCCUGAAGAUAAAGAAGUCAGAGAAGAAUUACAACUUAUAAAACUGAAACAAUUACUACUGCGACAAGAAUUUGAACGAAAAGAUGACGGAUUUAAAAGAAUGUGUCCAUUCUGUACUAAGUGUUUUCAGGGCAAUCGGUUGCUACUAUUCAACCACAUGACAGAUGAUCACAACUUUAACAUUGGUCACCCAGAUAACAUAGUGAACGUGAGAGAAUUACUUGACGACAUAGAAAAAAAACUUGACUCGUUACAUUGCUUGUUCUGUGAGAAAGUUUUUAAAGAUCGUCCUUCACUUCGUGAGCAUAUGAGGAAAAAAUCGCAUCGAAAACUCAAUCCCAAAAAUAAAGAUUAUGACAAAUACUACAUUAUUAAUUACUUGGAGCUGGGAAAGAACUGGGAAACUCUACAAGGAGAGUCCGAGAGAUUGGAUUCAAACCUGGAUGAUUGGUCGGGUUGGAACGAGGAAUCACAACAUGCGGUCUGCUUCUUCUGCGAUGCUGCGUUCGACCAAUCAGAUAAGGUCUACGAUCACAUGACGGAAGCUCACGACUUCGACUUCCGGACGAUGCGCCAAGAGAUGCAGAUGAGUUUCUAUCAACAAGUAAAGAUGAUCAAUUUUAUCCGGAGGCAAGUACAUCUCCAGAAGAAAGAAAGGGAUUGGAGCUCAGAUGACAUCACUGCCUUCGUUGUCGAAAACCUCCGCAGCUCCACCAAGUGGAACCACCCGCAAUAUUACUUUCCUACCUACGAAAACGACUCCCUGCUUUGCCAAUUGGAGGACAAAGAUGGUUUAUUUGAGCCAGAAGACACAUUCGUGAUCAGUGAGGACGGAAUCGACUGCCGAUCAAUUGUGAAUAACAGCAUUUUAACUGAUUUGGUGGUAGGUGGCUACUUUGAUGUGUAAGAAUAUGAAGCCCAGCUGACAGAAACAAAAACUGCGUCUCUCUAUAUGCAAUUAUGUUCGUUUGAAACUUUGUUUUGCCAUGAGCUGAAAUCCUGUUUACCUUUAAAAACAGCAACUUUUUCCGGCAACUGCCUUACGUUUUUAUGUCGCCCGUUGCGAACUCCUACUUUACCAGUAUUAACCUGCUUUAACUUGCUUUUUCACCCGGGUGGUUUCUGCCGUUGCUAACAUUUUCUUAAUCGUGGUGGUUAGGUACAGCAAUGCUUUAAGUCGGUUGUGCUUUAAUUCUUUCAAUGUGUUUAACGGUUCCACUCUGUUUUAUAUGACUCGCAAACUUGAUUAAAACUUCGCAUUUCAA